GGGUGUCGUUCCCUUUCGCUGAUGCAAGAGCCUAGUGCGGUGGUGGGAAGAGGUAUCGGCAGGAGCAGCGCUGCCGCCGGGGCCUGGGGCUGACCCGUCUGACUUCCCGUCCGUGCCGAGCCCACUCGAGCCGCAGCCAUGUCUGGGGACGAGGUGAGGAUCUGAGCCCGGCGUAAGGGCUAAGGAUUGAGGCGAGAAGCCGAACCCGCUCCAGAUAAAGCAUAUUUGGAAUGUGAGCAUCAUUAAAAACAAUCAUUUGGUCCCUUUUUGUUUUUUGUCGUUUAAACAGAUGAUUUUUGAUCCUACUAUGAGCAAGAAGAAAAAGAAGAAGAAGAAGCCUUUUAUGUUAGAUGAGGAAGGGGAUACCCAAACAGAGGAAACCCAGCCUUCAGAAACAAAAGAAGUGGAGCCAGAGCCAACUGAGGACAAAGAUUUGGAAGCUGAUGAAGAGGAUACUAGGAAAAAAGAUGCUUCUGAUGAUCUAGAUGACUUGAACUUCUUUAAUCAAAAGAAAAAGAAGAAAAAAACUAAAAAGAUAUUUGAUAUUGAUGAAGCUGAAGAAGGUGUAAAGGAUCUUAAGAUUGAAAGUGAUGUUCAAGAACCAACUGAACCAGAGGAUGACCUUGACAUUAUGCUUGGCAAUAAAAAGAAGAAAAAGAAGAAUGUUAAGUUCCCAGAUGAGGAUGAAAUACUAGAGAAAGAUGAAGCUCUAGAAGAUGAAGACAACAAAAAAGAUGAUGGUAUCUCAUUCAGUAAUCAGACAGGCCCUGCUUGGGCAGGCUCAGAAAGAGACUACACAUACGAGGAGCUGCUGAAUCGAGUGUUCAACAUCAUGAGGGAAAAGAAUCCAGAUAUGGUUGCUGGGGAGAAAAGGAAAUUUGUCAUGAAACCUCCACAGGUCGUCCGAGUAGGAACCAAGAAAACUUCUUUUGUCAACUUUACAGAUAUCUGUAAACUAUUACAUCGUCAGCCCAAACAUCUCCUUGCAUUUUUGUUGGCUGAAUUGGGUACAAGUGGUUCUAUAGAUGGUAAUAACCAACUUGUAAUCAAAGGAAGAUUCCAACAGAAACAGAUAGAAAAUGUCUUGAGAAGAUAUAUCAAGGAAUAUGUCACUUGUCACACAUGCCGAUCACCGGACACAAUCCUGCAGAAGGACACGCGACUCUAUUUCCUACAGUGCGAAACUUGUCAUUCUAGAUGUUCUGUUGCCAGUAUCAAAACCGGCUUCCAGGCUGUCACGGGCAAGCGAGCACAGCUCCGUGCCAAAGCUAACUAAUUUGCUAAUCACUGAUUUUGCAAAGCUUGUUAUGGAGAUGUGGCUGGACAGGUUUGCCAUCAGAGUGGAUAUACCGUUGUAUUAAAAACAAGAUUAAAAAGCUGCCAAGAUUUUUGGCGAGUGGUUGGUUGGUCUGAAGUCCUUGCAAGACGCUGAUGCUCAAGCUGUUGACAUACUCAUUGCCUACUUUAACACCUGUCAGAGAAACGUGAUAUGGGGUAAGGAGGUGCUUUUUUAAAAUCGUUCAUAGACUUCUGUAAAAUGCAAGAUAAAUUAAAGUUAUUAUAACAGUGAUUCUUUCAA